AGCGCCGGCGGCGCGGAACUUGGGCUCGGGGAGCCGGCGGAUCGCGUCCUGCUCCGGAGCAGGGCAUGGUCUAGCAGCCCGGGCAAGGACGGAGAACCAGCCUCGGAGGUUCUGAUCCCUUCCCUUCACUGCCUCCCCUCGGCCUUGGGUGUCGCCGCCGGCCACCAUGGGCAAGCAGAACAGCAAGCUGCGGCCCGAGGUGCUGCAGGACCUGCGUGAGAACACGGAGUUCACGGACCACGAGCUGCAGGAGUGGUACAAGGGCUUCCUCAAGGACUGCCCCACCGGCCACCUGACCGUGGACGAGUUCAAGAAGAUCUACGCCAACUUCUUCCCCUACGGCGACGCCUCCAAGUUCGCCGAGCACGUCUUCCGCACCUUCGACACCAACGGCGACGGCACCAUCGACUUCCGGGAGUUCAUCAUCGCGCUGAGCGUGACCUCGCGGGGCAAGCUGGAGCAGAAGCUGAAGUGGGCCUUCAGCAUGUACGACCUGGACGGCAACGGCUACAUCAGCCGCAGCGAGAUGCUGGAGAUCGUGCAGGCUAUAUACAAAAUGGUGUCCUCCGUGAUGAAGAUGCCCGAGGACGAGUCCACUCCGGAGAAACGGACGGACAAGAUCUUCAGGCAGAUGGACACCAACAACGACGGCAAACUGUCCCUGGAAGAAUUCAUUAAAGGUGCCAAGAGCGACCCAUCCAUCGUCCGGUUGUUACAGUGUGACCCCAGCAGCGCAAGUCAGUUCUGAGGGAUCGACGUCUGGACAGUGCAGAGAAACACAGGCUUGUCUUGCCAUUUAAGCUUUGCUUGCAGAAGUGGAUGCCUCCUCAAUCAUUCCUGCUCUCCCGGGGUGGCCAAGCGGCACAUCGCACCUGCCCGCCUGGCGGCCGCCUCCCUCCUCCACCUGGCCUCCUCCCGCCCCCUCCCUGGUCCCUCCAGGGCGACCCCGGGGAUGUGUUUACAUGCAAGACUCCCAGUGUCCCCGCUUCUGCUUCUGGGGCAGCUCUCCGCCCGCAGGGAGCCCAGAGGACACACAGAGGAUCCUGGUGGGACUUUCUAAGAUCGCACCGAGGCCAGCUGGUUUUAUUUUGUGAUCACAGGUGACUCUGGAAAAGAUGGGGACAAGAACGGAGGGAGAGUGGAUGGGCAAGCCCUCCCUGUGCAUGGCUCCACCCAGCUCGUCUGUUUUCUCUGACCAAAGCCGCUUGCACGUAUAUAUACUGUGGUCUCCUUUCUUUGAAUAUAUAAGUUAUACGUAUGGUGAAGUGAAAUGUAAUGUGUAGGCCCCGUAUUUAAUGCCUGGAUUGCCUUUGAAGCGUGAUUCCCUCGUGGCCUGUGACCCCUCUGAGCCUGGUUAUUUUGUGGUAUUUAUGCACUCAAUCUGCCCGUUUCAAAAGGACAUGCAUGCGUGCCCAGGGCUGCGGAGCCGCGCCCGCCCGCGUUGUGAACGCAGGCAUCCACGUGAGGUUCCUCUCCCUUGUUGAUUGGCAUUUCCUGUAUUAAAAUGAUCAAAUAAACGGAAUUCUCUGA